AUGCACGGAAACGAUGCACGGAGGCCUCGCGAGAGGAGUACGUCCGAUCGGUCGGAGCUUCGACCCCGUCUCGCGCGACGUCGACGCCGAGAACCGAAGGACUGCGAGGAGACGACGUUCGCGUUCGCGGACGUCGAGACCGCCGGAAGGAAGGUGACGGUGACGCGGACGGUGCACCGUGUCGAUCGAUGGCACGUCGCGAUCCGAAACGUCUUCGGAAGACCGCGUCCGCGAACGCAGACUCUCCCGGGGUCCCGGGGGAUCCCGGGGACGUCGUCUGUUUCCUACCUCGUGGGUCUCGGAAUCCCACCGAGAAGCGUUCCGUCGUUUCUCGGGGCUCUCGGCGACUUCGAGUCGAACGAAGCGGGGUCUUCCGUUUCCUCACUUUCUCUCGCCCUUGGGGAUCUUUCGCCGAUCAUCCUGAACUCGAUGCACCGGUAUCAACCCCGUUUCCACGUGGUGUACGUGAAUCCCCGGACCGAAGACCCGACGAGGACGGAGAACUUCAAGACUUUCGCCUUCUCCGAGACGAAAUUCACCGCCGUCACCGCCUAUCAGAACCAUCGGGUGAGACGAGACGACCGAGCGAACGAAGACGUCGAGAAUUUCACUCGACGACGGGCGCGUGCAGAGCGUUCCUCGCGUUCUAAAAAUUCGCACUUCGGAUCGAACGGCGAAUUCGCUCCGUGGCAGUCCCGGUUCGUUUUUCGCAAAUCGCUUUUCGCGAAUCGCAUCUCGAAAAGUGCGAGUGGCCGUAUCCGUGACGAGACGAUGAUCUUCGUGUCGUCCUGGAUUUUGAGGAGUUUCAUCACCCAGCUGAAGAUCGCGAGUAACCCUUUCGCCAAGGGAUUUCGGGACUGCGACCCCGACGACUGCGUGGUGGACGUGCUGAAUCACCUGGGAGGAGACGCGAGCAGGACUUCUCGACCGGGAACCAACGGGAGCCGGGGGUUGCAUCUCGUACAUCACAGUCCACCCAUCGAUACCAAAGGUACGGAGUGCCGAGAUCCGACGGAGCGGAGCGACGACGCCUCGAAUCGCGACGUUCGUCCGUCGCAGGAUGCGAGGAGGUCGGUGCCGAAAGAGGAAGAACGUGCACGGUCUUCGUCCGAACCGCUCGGUCGGAGGAAGAACGUGCACGGUCUUCGUCCGAACCGCUCGGUCGGAGGAAGAACGUGCACGGUCUCGCCGUAUCGCCCGAAAGGGUCCGUGGACGCGAACGAGCCGUCGAAGGACGCACGAAAUCCAUGGAACGUUCGACUCGUCGCUCGACGACUGCGCCUUUUAGUGCCCCCGGACACCGACUGGUGCUCGCAUCGAGUGGCACGUUCGUCCGGCGGUCUUCCGUGCACGAGGGACGCUCGGAAAACGCUGCCGAGGCAAACCACCGACGAGGAGAAGCCUUCGCCCGGUGGAUCGUCGUCGUCGGCAGGAUACCCGUCGUCGAACUCGGACUCUCCGGGUGCCUCCACCCAUUCCACACGCGGAACGGGGACGACGCUGACGACGGUGACGUCUCCGUGGUCGACUCCGGACGCCCUGGGCACACCCUACCCGUCGGACUCGAGUUGCUACGGGCCCGUGCACGCCUCUCCGUAUUCGUACGUGAAGCCGCGGGUCCAUCCGUACCCGCGGUAUCCGCAGGGCGGGACUCCCUCCGAUCCGCAUCCCGGCUAUCAGGGAUUCGACGGGUUCUACUACGGGUCGAGGUGAAAGCGACGAAAGAAACGCCUCGAAGAGUCUCUUAAUUUAUUCGACUAAUGUAUUUUAUUUUCGACCGGCUAUCGUGUUCCUCUUUCCCUUUUCCGAUUCCCACCGCUCCCCGUUUGCAACUCUUGUGAUAUCGGC